AUGUCAACUCGCCUCCGAUCUCCUCUUCUCUCCCGCUCAAUCUCCUCCAUCCCAACCCUCUCCCCUCUCACUCCGCUCACCUACCACGCUCACACAUCAUCGCCCGCACCGACACCCAUCCUCCUCCCCGCCACAUUCUCCCACCUCCCCGCCAUCCAGAAAUGGUUCAGGAAAGAUGACAAGAGAUUUCGAUAUUUGAAGGAGCUGAUUGGAGGAAGGUUGGUUGUGGUCGAGGUUGGUGAGGGUGGGUAUACGGAUCCGCAGACGAAGAGGGUCGAGGUUCCGUUUGGGUUGUUUGUGGAUGUGUGUUUGGGAGCGGAAGUGGGGAUGAAGGGGUAUCUCGCUCAGAGCGACGUAUUUGCGCAGAUCCCAACCCUCCUCUCAGACCUCCAAACCCCCUACCUCCCACCCCCCCAAAAAACCUACUCCCGCUCCCUCUGGCUCGGCAAAAGCCAUAUCCACACUCCCCUCCACACCGACCCAAACGACAACGUCUUCCUACAACUUCACGGGACGAAGCGGAUACGGCUGUAUCCUCCAACAGCGGGCGCACAGCUACGACCCGGACAAGGUGUGUUGAGGAAUACGAGUAUGAUUAGGGAUGUCUGGAGUGCGGGUGCGGAUGCGGAUGCGGGUGGGAGUGAGGUGGAGGGAGUAGAGGGUGGGAUGGAAGCUGUGUUGAGGGAGGGUGAUGGGGUGUUUAUUCCGAGGGGGUGGUGGCAUACGCUCAAAGGCGAAAAUCGUCACUCAAGCGAUGGAUCCGGAGACGAGAUAGUGUGUAGUGUCAACUGGUGGUUCCGUCCAUAACCCAUACCCAUCACCAAGAUUUUUGAUUUUUUUUGUCUACACCUUCACGAAAUCGUAAUCUUCCCCGCACUCUUC